CAUCACCACCAUCAUAAUAAUAAUAAACCUCCACACACACACUCGCACCCUUCUCUCUUCUUAUCUUCUCUCUCUUCCACACACCACUCUCUCUCUUUCUCUCUCUUUCAACUCUCUUCUUCAAAAUGUCUUCUUCUUUUUCUUCUUCUUCUCAGAUCUAACACAACAGACACAAGAUUCAGUUAUUAAGUGACUCACCUUUCACCGUAAAACGACGUCGUUUCAAUCGAAUUCGGGAGCUUAACAAAAUCGAAACCCUAGCCAUGAAGAAAGCUGCGUACUCGUUUCCAGAAGAGGUGCUGGAGCACGUGUUCUCCUUCAUCGUCUCCGAUAAGGACAGAAGCUCGAUCUCGCUGGUGUGCAAGUCAUGGUACGAGAUCGAACGGUGGUGCCGGAGGAAGGUCUUCGUCGGAAACUGCUAUGCCGUUAGCCCUCCGAUCUUGAUUAAGAGGUUCCCGGAGCUGAGAUCCGUUACGCUGAAGGGGAAACCGCACUUUGCGGACUUCAAUCUUGUUCCAGAAGGUUGGGGAGGGUUUGCUUGCCCUUGGAUCAGAGCCAUGGCGGGUGCGUAUCCUUGGCUUGAAGAGAUCAGGCUCAAGAGGAUGGUUGUUAGCGACGAGAGCCUCGAGAUUAUCGCCAAAUCGUUUAGGAACUUCAAGGUUCUUGUUCUAAGCUCAUGUGAGGGCUUCACCACUGAAGGACUCGCCGCCAUUGCUGCCAAUUGCAGGAAUUUGAGGGAAUUGGACUUGCGGGAGAGCGAAGUGGAGGACCUUAGUGGGCGUUGGCUAAGUGAUUUUCCUGAUUCAUACACGUCCUUAGAAUCCUUAAACAUCUCCUGCUUAGGUAAUGAGGUCAAUCUGUUGGCACUAGAGCGCCUAGUUAGUCGGUGUCCCAACUUGAAGACCCUCCGGCUCAAUCGGGCUGUGCCCCUUGAUCGGCUACCCAACCUUCUCCGUGGGGCUCCUCAGCUGGCUGAGUUAGGUACUGGAGCUUACACCUCUGAGAUGAGGCCGGACGUCUUCUCGAACUUGGCAGAGGCAUUUGCAGGAUGCAAGCAGCUGAAGACAUUGUCUGGCUUCUGGGAUGUGCUCCCGUCUUAUCUUCCAGCUGUUUACCCUAUCUGCUCCCAGCUAAUAUCACUAAACUUGAGUUAUGCUACAGUUCAGAGCCCCGAUCUUAUUAAGCUUGUCUCUCGGUGCGAGAAAUUGCAGAAGUUAUGGGUUCUGGAUUACAUUGAGGAUGAUGGCCUUGAAGUUCUUGCUGCAUCAUGUAAGGACUUGAGGGAGUUGAGGGUCUUUCCGUCUGAUCCGUUUGGAUUGGAACCAAAUGUAGCAUUGACGGAGCAGGGUCUUGUUUCCGUCUCUGAGGGUUGUCCCAAGCUUCAGUCGGUUCUUUAUUUUUGUCGUCAAAUGUCAAAUGCUGCCCUAAACACAAUUGCCAGGAACCGGCCUAAUUUGACUCGUUUUCGGCUAUGUAUAAUUGAGCCACGAUCCCCUGACUACCUCACCCUCCAACCUCUGGAUGAUGGUUUUGGAGCUAUUGUUGAACACUGCAAGGAUCUUCGUCGCCUUUCCCUUUCAGGGCUUCUUACUGAUCGUGUUUUUGGGUACAUUGGGACAUAUGGAAAGAAGCUUGAGAUGCUUUCUGUAGCUUUUGCUGGAGAUAGUGAUUUGGGACUCCACCAUGUUCUCUCUGGGUGUGACAACCUCAGGAAGCUGGAGAUUAGGGACUGCCCGUUUGGUGACAAAGCUCUCUUGGCCAAUGCUGCAAAGCUGGAGACAAUGCGAUCCCUUUGGAUGUCCUCUUGCUCGGUGAGCUUUGGAGCAUGUAAAGUUCUGGGUCAGAAAAUGCCGAGACUCAACGUUGAAGUCAUGGAUGAAAGUGGACCUCCGGACUCGAGGCCAGAGAGCAGUCCGGUGGAGAAGCUUUAUGUCUACAGAACAGUUGCCGGGCCAAGAUUGGACAUGCCAGGAUUCGUAUGGACAAUGGAUGACAACUCCGCAUUAAGGAUCUCAUGAUUUGAAUUUGCUGUGUGGAUUCAGAGCCAUGGAGGAAGAAUCCUGUGUGAGCAUUUUUGUUAAUGGAAGCAGGUAAAUGCUCUGUAUUCUACUCAAUAAUGCAAUAAUUUGUUAACUGGCCUAUGUUGCAGUUAUGGUUGGUGUAUGAGCUUGCUAAGUACAGGAGAUGGGGGUGUAUGCAGAAGAGGCUUUGAGCUCUAUUGCCAAUUCAUUUUUCACUUUGGCUGAGCUACGGGAUCAAUGAAGAAACACAUGAACUGUGUUGUUUUUAUGUGGGCAUCAAAUAGAGUUGAUAUAUUAUAAUUUUUCCUCUUUCGUACCAUAAGUACUUUUCAGAUUUUUAGCAUAAUUUAUAUUCAUGUUCUUUUCACCUUAGUCUCUUUAUGUAGCAAGAUAUUGUGGACUAUUGUUAUUUAUUAUUAGCCUUCGCGAAGGAAUAAAAUUCAUGAAUAUUCUUAAUC